UGUUAAAUGGAAAUGAAGGUUGAUUUAUACUGGCAUGUAUACACAGCAGCAAGCUCAUGCCACCAACAGCGAUGUUGUAUGCUUAAGGUUUCUACUGGGAUAGUCACGUUGUUAUCACAUUUUAGAUACAUACAUAUGUAUGUGCACUGUAGUACAUAUGAUUUGACAAUGUAUGUACGCCAACAUAUUUUGUGAACUAUCUUAAAAGUUUUUUUUUAAUAUUAUUUACAGUUGAAGUUCGAGUCGUUAUUUCGCCGCGUUGGCGUGUAGAUCAGAAGUUCUAACAUUCCACGAGAUUUCGCGACGUGUGCAUUUAUACCAAGAUGCGUCGAAGAAAUAUGAAAUGGGUUUUGAAAGCAGCAAUUCUGUUGACCUUGUCGCUGAUUCUGUUUCUUUUGCUUACAAGCUGGAUAUCUUCCAGCCCUUAUCGCAAUAAGUUACCAAUUUUGACGCCAAUGCAUGCAGCGAAUUUACGGGCGCAUAAAAAAAUGUCGGAUAAUCUUGUGGAUGGGGUUGUAGAGAGCAAUGCUGAAGCUCCAAUGCUGCCAAUAUUACAAAACGAGCGGAAAUCUGAGGAUAGACAGCUGCAGUUACCAGUUGAUCUGAAAAAAGACUGGCAUGAUUACUUGGCUAUGGAGUUUGAUCAGAAGCGAGUUGGACUGGGCGAACAAGGCAAGCGUGCUGAACUAAAUGAUGAAUCGCAGAAAGAAUUAGAACAGAAAAUGUCUCUGGAAAAUGGAUUUAAUGCUCUACUUUCCGAUUCGAUUUCGGUAAAUCGUUCCCUUCCCGAUAUUCGCUAUAAAGGAUGCAAAAAAAAGAAAUAUUUACCGAAGUUGCCGUCAGUCAGCAUCAUAAUUCCAUUCUACAAUGAGCAUUUGGGCGUGCUUAUGCGUUCCGUUCACAGCCUGAUAAAUCGUUCGCCUCCGGAAUUGAUAAAGGAAAUAAUUUUGGUAGACGAUUUUAGUGAUCGCGAGUACUUAUUCCAACAACUCGAGCAAUAUUUGAAGUUCGAGUCGUUAUUACGCCGCGUUGGCGUGUAG